AAAUAUAACGCCCUUCACCAAGUUGAAAUUUCACCAAUAUACAACAUGCCAUACAUAUAAUAAUUAAACAAAACUGAAUCCUCAAUCCCCCCCUGCAGGAAAUCUUUCAAAUCUUCUAUUACGGCUUCAGUGUUUUGCUUUCUGACCACAUCAUUGAUGCUACCAGCUGGGAUGGUCGCUCCUGAAUGGAAUGAUCGGCCCAACUAUCCUCUGGCCCUGCUCGUUCACCAUAUCCGCGACCAAGUAGCAAUCCAUCCUGACGAAGCUGGACGAACCAUAACUGCACCCCUUCAGCAUAUCACUUGAGAGUCUCUCCAUCUCGAAAAGGGAAUUUGGCCUUCAGCGAACUGAACUUCGGACACUGAACCAUAAGCGGAGACCGACUGAUAAUGCCUUGAAAUAUGUCCCAUUGCGCCUCAACCAUAGCACAUCUUGGAGAAUCCUAUACUAUAGAUGAAUAUACGGUAGAUAUCAGAAGUUACUUAGGGGAUACUUGGACAAAGAGAUGGUUGGAGCACUAAGGAGCUCAAUUGACAGACAUAGAUAUGCGGGAUGGAAAUGGGAAUGCAAGCUUAUUCCAGGAUCAAGAUGAAAACCAGAAGCUGUUAUAAUACUUUUAGAAAAUAACGCUGAGACUUUGUUGAAAAAUACAGUGAAUCGCACAGCAGCUGAGAUGGCAUCGUUUAUUGGGUAUCAUUACCUAGCUAAUUUGAUAAAAAAUUAUAUAACACUACAAAGUAUCGAGAAAACGAUCGGAAAACUUUACAGCUCAAAACGCUUAGUUGUAGAUAAGCGAAUCAGUUCUCACCUCUUCCGUGAUUUACAGAUGUACAUUAAUUUACAAAAUAUCCAUCCGUUUAAAUUUAUCUUCCAUAUACAUCGGCACCCGCAAUUGUUACAAAAUUACCUUACAGUCAUGAGUGUGCUGACAGAGUUUAUCAAAAAUAGUGAGGACUUGGACAAAGAAGAUGAAUUAAAAAGUUUUAAGUGUCAUUACGCAUUAUUUAUAAUCAAUAAAAUCAUGACAAACGCUUUUAAUCAUGGAAAUAUAGAUCUUGUUAACCACGAAACAUUUGGAAAUAAUACUGAAACUAUCAAUAUACAUUUGCAAAGAUUUAUUAAAAGCGUUAUUCACACUAUUAGAUGUAAACCCGAAACGCAUUACGUUGAGAGACUCUUGAGAGAAAUGAUCAAAAAUUACCCCCACAAAGAUAGCGCCAUUUUUAGAACUCUAUUAUAUGAAAUUCAUAAAAUUCCUUUGGGUGAUAAUCCCACAUCUCACUCCAUCCUACAAAACGUUUUAUUUUAUAGUGUUAACGAAGGAGAAACAGUUAAUCAUAAUCACGUUGAACUAGAUGCCUCUUGUGUCGUGUGUAGCGAACUUAAAAAUACAAAAAUCUGCAAGAAUUAUAUAUUAUUGCAGCGUUUAUUGUCAAAAGUUGGAUUGGCCCUUUCACAAGAAAACAUGUCUUGUUUAACACUUGUUUAAUAUUUAGAAAUUAUAGAAGAUUAUCAAUUUUAUAUGUAAUCUCAUCGUGCAAUCUAUUUGUAUUAUUUAGUAAAUGUAUAUUAAAAAAUAAAAUCAUAUUUUUUCA